CCGUGUGGAAAGUUUACCGGCUCGGGUGCAAAGUUUCAGCCGUCUGCAAACGGGUGAGCAGCGGCCAACGAUUCUGGAAUAUACCGGCGCUGACUAAGGUCUACAUAAGUCGUCGGACUUUUUGUCUGUGGUACUUUAUUCAUUUGUGACCGAAUGAACGCGUGUUUGUCUGAUAAAUUAGCCAAAGGAUGCUGCUAUUUGUAGAGAUGCUAGUGUAACAAUACGCUUUGUAUUGUCUCAGGUAGCCCGUUAGCGGAGUUAGCUCGCUAGGACGGACCCCUACCACAGCUAGCUAGCGGAUGCUCUGGUAAACUGGUUAAAUCUGUAUGAAAACGGUCGAAUUAGUCGGAUUACCGGUAGGUUAAAAAACAAGCCUAUUCAUUGUUUCAUCGAUCGUUUCCUAGUGUUUGAAGAUGGCUUGUGAGCCGAACCGUGUGCGGCUGCUAUGCAUGCUUUCAUUGACGUUCGGGUUCUUCAUCGUGGAAGUGGUCGUCAGUCGGAUCACUUCAUCUCUAGCGAUGCUGUCGGAUUCCUUCCACAUGCUGUCGGAUGUUAUAGCACUGCUGGUGGCUUUGGUCGCCGUGCGAUUCGCUGAGAAGACCCAGGCGACCAACAAGAACACCUUCGGGUGGAUCCGGGCGGAGGUGAUGGGGGCGCUGGUAAACGCGGUGUUCCUCACGGCGCUGUGCUUCACCAUCAUCCUGGAGGCGAUCGAGCGGUUCACCGAGCCCAACGAGAUCGACAGCCCCUACAUCGUGAUCGGGGUCGGUGCUGCGGGGCUCCUGAUCAACCUCCUGGGGCUGUGCUUGUUCCACGGCCAUGCAGGUGGUGGACACGGGCACUCGCACGGUGGUGGUGGUGGGGGACAUGGGCACUCGCACGGCAGUGGUGGACACUCUCAUGGCAAGAAAAAGACUGGUAAAAUCUGCAUAUCUGAAAAACCAAAUUCCUCGUCGUCCGAGACAAACACCUUGGUUGUGGUCGACCACAACAGUCCAAAUGGGGUCAACUCAGAGAACCGUGGAUAUGACUUCAGCAAAGACGGCACGGAGCUGCAGACCAACGGAAGCCCGCUGUACGACGACGUCGACCACAGCUCGGCCGCGCAGCUCAACAUGCGCGGCGUCUUCCUCCACGUGCUGGGGGACGCCCUGGGCUCGGUCAUCGUGGUGGUCAAUGCCCUCAUCUUCACCUUCGUGUGGCAGCCCUGCCUGCCUGACGAGGCCUGCCUCAACCCCUGCAUCAAUAGCCACAGCACGGACCACCAGCACGUCAACCAGACCCUGGUGGGCCUGACGGACCCCGGCGCCUACCGCAUGGCGGGCCCCUGCUGGGUGCUGUACAUGGACCCCACCCUGUGCAUCAUGAUGGUGGGCAUCCUGCUGUACACCACCUACCCCCUGCUGAAGGAGUCGGCGCUCAUCCUUCUGCAGACGGUGCCCAAGCAGAUCGACAUGCACCAGCUCAACGAGAAGCUGCUGUGCCUGGAGGGCGUGCUGGCCAUCCACGAGCUGCACAUCUGGCAGCUGGCCGGCAGCCGCAUCAUCGCCACGGCGCACAUCAAGUGCCACGACCCCACGGCCUACAUGGACGUGGCCAAGCGCAUCAAGGACUUCUUCCACGAUGAGGGCAUCCACGCCACCACCAUCCAGCCCGAGUUCGUCACCUUCAGCUCGGACUCGCGCGACUCCCUGUGCGAGCUCUCCUGCCGGACUCAGUGCGCCCCCAAGCUGUGCUGCGGCUCCGCCGACAAGGCGGCCGAGAAGAAGGCGGCGUCGGAGGCCGACGAUGGUCUCCGGGAGGUCAGCCCCGCCACCCUGGAGGUCAUCAGCGAGGACCCGGAGCAGGCGGCCGCCCUGCCGCUGGUGGUCACGCCAGAGCCCGCCGCCGUCCCCCGGGAGGCGGAGUCGUUUCUGUGAGACGGCGCCCUGAGGGCCGGCGGUCCAGGGGCCGCCGCAGCGGAGCGGCCGGGGGAGGGAAACCCCAAGAAAUAAAGGAAGUUGACGGGCGACUUGUUGACUGCCUGCUAGUUUUGAUUUUUUUGGUGUGUGUGUGUGUGAGUGGUCAACCUGUACCUGCAACUAGAUUGGUAUAAGGAAACCGGAUCACUGGCCUGACAUGGAAGUCUAUUUUCAAUGUCUUGUUUUAUUUUUUAGCCCUACUGCUGGACCCCCCCCUCCCUUCACCUGACCAACAUCACCCCCCUUGGUCUAUCUCUUCUAUUAUGUGGGCUCAGCAGUUCAGGUAGUGAUGAGUGCAUGUGUCAGGAGUCCUAUUGCCCCCCGAGCGAGUGCGGGGUGAAGUCUGCACAAAGUGCCAAUGUCCUCUAAUUCUCUCUCUCCUAACACCAUGUGCUGGAGCGUUAUCUUGUUCCCAUGGUGUUUUUAUUCUCUAUUGUCCUUGGUGCCAAAGCUGUUCACUGCAAGCAUCGAAGGGACGGAGCCAACACCCCUGUACAGAGAGGGUUAAUAUUACAAAAGAGAAGUCAAACACUACUAAUGCAAGUCAGAGCGCUCGUGGGUCAGGCGUCUGGAGUCCCUCUGGCUGGCGGGCUGAUCGGUGCGAGGAGCUGUAAUUCCUCCUCCUCACUCCACGCAGGCUCGAGACAACUCGGCCGUUGGCCCCAAACGGAAGCAUAUUGUAUUGCUUAAUAAUUUAUGUAUUUAAGUUACGAGUUAUGAUCUUAAAAUCUCCUUUUGAUGACAUUUACUUUGGAAAGAGAAUGUUUAGUAAAUCAUUUUUGUCGUGAAACUCUUACUUCAAAUGUGUUGUGAUCUUUUAAUUUUUUUUACAGCGCUAUUAUUUCUCUGACUGAUGUUCUGGACUCAUUUGGGAGUCGUGAGACGUUCACGCUGCUCUCCCGUUGCCUUUUUUAAAGCAAAACAAACCGGGAGAGAGCACUACAUAUACACUGCAUACACUGCAGUGGAGAAGGGCGCAUGCUGUCAUGUCCACCCGCAGAAAAGUAUUGGAGGUUUGUCACCUUGUGAGCCAGAGGAGUCUGUCACUGCUGGAUCUAUUCCUUCAGUGUGUAUUCUGUAUUUCUAUUAUUCUUUUGUGUCACUUCCUCCAUAACUGUUUUUUUUUAUAAUGUGAAGGGACCUCGUCGAAAUCCACAAUGUGUUUGUUUUCUUGUUUUUCCUGAUACUUUGUCUCAGGCUUUGCAUGAUUAGAGGCUGGAUCUAUAUACAUACCUAAGAAGGUUGGCCCUGGAUGCUGCUUCACUAGGGGCAUCGUAGGGUCUGUGUCCAUAGUGAGCAUCCCCAUAGCAUUACCUCUCAGGCUGUUUGUUAAAUUUGUGACUUGUGGCCUUUUGAAAUAGUAAAGAGAUAAAAAAAUACUGCAGACGUUCCAUUCUAUUCAUUUAAAAAUUUGAAUCACCAUAGACGGUGAAUCAAGAGAUGCAUUUCAGAUUUCCACUCCAAUACAUGUGUAUGCAAUGUAGGCAUAUAAUGGGGAAAUGCAUUUUGAUGCGUUCCUUCCUUUGUAAUAUUUGGUUACUAUUAUUCUAUGUCUUUUGAGACGUUGAGCUCUCUGUGCAAAAUGGAAACAUAAAAAUUGUCGGAUUUUUUUUUUGGGAUAUUUUAGAUAUGUCAACUGGUGAGAAGCUAGUCGUGCUUUUGAUAAAUAUAUAUACAAUACCUGUUCAAUGUGUCAUUGUGUAAUAAAGAAAAGAUUGCUGUUUAGUACAGCAGCUACGUUUA